AUGGAGCCGCCACCGACCUCACAGGUGCCAAUCUCUCCAACUAUCCGCUCUUCCUUUGCAUCAAGCUCCUUGCCAACUGACGGCUCUACUUGCCUUCCCCCUCCACCGCCGCCACCACCGCCUUUGGAAGAUUUGAGGUCUCUCCCACCAAUCAAGAAGGUACGUCGGCAUGGCAAAGUCAGGUACCGCCCGUUGCGCAUGGAUGAGUCUGGUUACGAAGAUGUGCACAAAUACGUGCCUGGGGGCUAUCAUCCCGUCGACAUUGGUGACAAGAUAGCUGAGUACACCGUGCUUCACAAGCUGGGAUCUGGCGGCUUCGCGACCGUAUGGCUGGUUCAGUCCACUGAAGACAGCCGCUACUACGCCUUGAAGAUCCUCUGCGCUGAUGUCUCUGAAGCGCAAGCUAAUGAGCGAGGAGUCAUGGAGUAUCUCGGUCCACACGAUCAUCCAAGCGUUGUCAAGUUACUUGGUUCCUUCGAGGUCACCGGGCCCAACGGCAGCAAUCCUGCUGAUAGUCUCACCAGAACCUUCACCCCUGGCGCGCGAUAUCGAAUUUCUCAGCAGAUAGCCAAUGGCGUUGCCUUUCUGCAUGAACGCGGUGUUGCCCAUGCAGAUCUUACUACUUCCAAUAUCGUCUUCAGUCUUCCUGAUAUCCAACCCAUGUCGCCAGAUGCAGUUUGCCAGUUGUUGGGGCCUAUGGCGACAGAGAAACUGAAAUUGCGCGAUGGCUCCUAUUCCUCGCAUGGUCCCAAGAAAAUUGUCAACAAUCCCGACUUCUCAGGUUUCAACAUUGGCAUGUCCUCUGCUGCAAUUAUGAUCAUCGACUUCGGCGAAGCAUUCGUAUUAGACCGCCCUCGCGGUCGCACCGGACUCGGCAUCCCGAUAACUUCUUUCCCGCCCGAAGUCUGCUUUGGGCAUCCUCCCUCAGUCGGCAGCGAUAUAUGGGAACUGGCCUGUUUAUUCUGCGAGAUUUUUUGUAGCAGGCCUCUUUUUCCCAUGUACUUCCCAAUCUUCGAGAUGCUCAUCGGACAUAUAGUCCACUCCGUGGGAUUAUUACCACGCAGCUGGCAAGGCCAGUUUGAUGCGGUCAAGUAUGGCUAUAUGGAGAGCGGCAAGUUGAAGAGCACAUCCGAAGGCGCGCCGUCGUGGUUCGAAGAGAACCCUGGGGAUGAAAGGGGCAACCUAAGAGACGUAGUGGCCGAGGCUGCCUCGAGGGUGGAGAUCACGAUUGAGCAGCAAGAGUUCAUUGCGGCCUUGGUGCAAGAGAUGAUGGCUCGUGAGCCUGAAAAGCGGCCUCCAGCUCGUGAUGUGCUACUUCGCAUAGAGGCUGCUGCGCUUUUGUUUGAUGGGGAAGUGGCUGAACGGAUUGCGGACAUCCCACGCAGCUCUGAGGAUAUAGACACGCCACCGCCACCGCCGCCGCCCCAAGAAUACGGGGACUCUGAGUAA